UGACCUCGACUUGUUAAAUGAUUUGUCGCCCUCAUGCGGCAGAUAAUUAACGAUACGUUGAAACCGGCAAAAUUGAAUUGUUGAUUGCCUUAAAUUUGAUGAAAUCGCUGAUAUAAAAGGAUUUGAGCCAACGAAAGGGCACAGAGUUUUCACGGAGUUGAACGACAUGGAAGCAAAUAAUAAUAAACGCUAGACAACUUCAGUUGAGACCUGUGCCUCGUAUUCAUUUAUAGCUCUUGUGGCUCUGCCACAGCUACAGUGAAAACUCUAGCCAUGCUGAGGUUCGAAUUCUAUCGCCGUUAAAGAGUCAGACUGUCUUCGCAAUUAUCAUCAACGGAAGUCAUCUGAAAAUGUCUACUCAUCACGAGGAAAGCUUAUCUGAACCUGGAGCAGUCGGAGGUGACAAGCGAAUUCGUCAACCUACCAAUAAGGGAUUACAAUGGCAGUUAGAAGUGAAGGAAAAGAAAUGGAAAAGCUGCAUUACUUCAUGGAGAAGAUCAUCAACGAAAUUAAGGGCUCUUCUUACUGAUGAAGAUGCAGAAGUUAAUGCCAUAAAAUCCCACAGAGAUGCUCUGCAGGCAAUUACGGAUGAUGCUAUAACAGCUCAAGAAGAAUUUUCUACAGCUGCAAAGAUGCUUUCUAAAGAGGAAAAUAGUGAAGCAAAACUUGAUGAGCUAGAGGAAGAACAUUCAGUUCUAAUGAAACAAACGUACAACAGAGUGAGAGCCACCCAAGGAAGUUUGAGAUUGUCUACGUCAAGUUCUUCAUCGAAACGUCGAUGUCAACAAUGGCUUGAUCAACAGUUACAACCCAACAAUACAGAUGACGUUCAAAGUGAUAAAGUACGUCAAGAAAACAGGGUUGAAAAGAAAGUCAAUGCUGACAAACCAAUUCCAAACGAAGAUCUCAGACCUAGACAACAACAAACAUUUGAGGAGCCUGCAAAUCCUGUGCAAGAGCCUCAUCAAGACCCAGAAUUCCUCACAUCAUGUCUGAUUGACCAGAUGCGACUCAAUCGACUCCCUAUUCCAGAGCCACCAGUCUUUGAUGGAAGCCCCCUACAGUAUCCGGCUUGGAAGAGAGCUUAUGACAUGCUCAUUGAAAGGAAAGGAAUCAUGCCAGAAGACAAGUUUUACUACUUGUUGAAAUACCUAAAGGGCCGUCCCUUUGAGUUAGUUCAGGGAUACUCACUCCUUAGUGACGACCAUGCUUACACAAUCGCAAGACAGGAAUUGGACAAACGUUAUGGAGACACGUUUGUCUUGUCCAAUGCAUUUCGAGACAAGCUAGAUGCAUGGCCUAAGAUAGGUGCAAGGGAUUCAGAUGGCCUGAGAAGAUAUGGUGAUUUUCUACGUCAGUGUUUUGCUGCAUCUCAGGUUGUACAUCAUUUGAAACACCUAGACGAUGAGAGGGAGAACAGAAAGCUAUUGUCAAAGCUUCCAGACUGGCUCACGCAUAGAUGGGGUCGGAAGGUUGUUCAAUGGAGAAGAGAUACAAACUCAUUCCCUCCAUUCCCUGUCUUUGUGAACUUUAUCGUAGAAGAAGCAGAGGUAGCAAGUGUAUCAGUAACGUCUGUUCAGGAAAGGAAGCCUUCGUCUAAAGCUAGGACUCUAUCUACUGGCGUACAGAAGAAAGAUGAAGGAAACAAGAAGAAACUCGGCUGUCUUUUUUGCAAAGGACAGCACCGUCUGGCAGAGUGUACUUCUUUCGCAUCACAGCCUAUGGAAGAGAAGCGAAAAUUUGUCCACAAAUGUAAUCUGUGCUUCGGAUGUCUUAAGCCUGGUCAUAGAUCGAAGGAAUGUCGCUAUAAGAGCACUUGUUCGAGGUGUAAGAAAAGACAUCCUACACCACUUCAUGAUGAUAAUUGGAGUAGUAAGCGACAAUCUAAGGAAGAUGACUCUCUACGUGAGGCAGAGGAAUCUCAUUCAUCCCAUGCAUCAAGCAACAGGAGUAGCUCCCAUACUUCAAAAACCUCUUCUAUUGUUCCAGUUUGGUUAUCCCAUACUUCAAAGCCAAAGGAGAUGUUGGUAUAUGCAAUGCUUGAUACCCAAUCUGACACAACGUUUAUCCUUCGAAGGACGAAGGAAAAAAUGGGAGUUACAGGAACAGAGGUCAACCUACUCCUCUCAACAAUGUCCAAGGCUGAGGAAAGAGUUGCAAGCGAGAAAAUUAAAGGUCUCAAGGUGAGGGCCUUGAAUGGUAAUAAGGAGAUUAUGUUACCACCAUCUUAUACCCGUGAUAUCAUGCCGGCGAAUAGAACUCACAUUCCAACGCCUGAAGUCGUCGAGAAUCUUACCUAUCUGGAGUCCAUUAAAGAUCACCUAUCGCCAUUAAUGGAUUGUGAGAUAGCCUUACUUAUAGGCUAUGAUUGUCCUACUGCACUUACUCCUCGAGCUGUCAUUCCCCCACCGGUACAUGGAGGACCUUUCGCAAUGCAGACUGACCUGGGAUGGAGUGUCAUAGGCAUGGUGGAUCAUGGCUGUAAUGAUAAUGACCCAAUAGGUAUAAGCCAUCGUACCAUGGUGAAGGUCCUUCCUGAGGAAGUGCGGCUAGACAGUCAUCAUACAGAAGUCAUGUUCUCAUGCCAAUCCACAGUUAGAGAGGAGAUAGCACCUCAUCAAGUCGUCAGGCUCUUAGAAGCAGAUUUUGCCCCUGAAAGAGCACAACGUCCUUACUCUCAGAAUGAUACCAAGUUUCUGAAACUAAUGGAGGAGCAGAUUCGAGUCACAGACAAUGGACACUAUGAAACACCCCUUCCUUUCAAAGAAACACAUCCUAAGCUGCCAAACAACAGGAAUAUGGCUUUGAAGAGGUUAGGCAGCUUAAAGAGAAAAUUUGAAAAGGACUCUGAGUAUCAUAAGCUUUAUACUCAAAAGAUUCAGGCACUGAUAGAGAAGGGUUAUGCAGAAUAUGUUCCAAACUCAUCUAGGGAAGCUGACACAUUUUGGUACAUCCCUCACCAUGGAGUGCAACAACCCAACAAGCUUCCUGUGGUUUUUGAUUGUAGUGCACAAUGCAACGGUGAGGCACUGAACCACCAUCUGUUGACCGGUCCAGAUCUGACAAAUAAUCUAGUUGGAGUAUUAUGUAGAUUCCGCACUGAUUAUGUGGCCUUUAGUUGUGACAUACAGGAGAUGUUCUAUCAGUUUCAAGUCAGAAGUGAUCACCGUGACUAUCUUCGAUUCUUAUGGUGGAAGGACGGAGACUAUCGACAACCUGUAUGUGAUCUGCGUAUGAGAGUACACCUUUUCGGGGCUUCAUCAUCACCAGGCUGUUCAAACUUCUGCCUCAAGCAGAUAGCAACAGAUCAUGAACAGCAAUUUGGAAAAGACGUAAAGGACUUUGUGCAUCAUGACUUUUACGUUGAUGAUGGUUUGAAGUCGGUCCCUACAGCUGAGAAGGCAACUGACCUGAUCGUGAGGACUAGAGAGUUAUGUAAGAAAGGUGGGAUACACUUACAUAAAUUUAUCUCCAACUCUCGAAAGGUGAUUGAAGAUGUGCCUGAAGCAGAAAGAGCCAAGGAUCUAACAACUAAAGAAUUAUUCCACAAUGACUUACCAAUCCAGAAGGCACUAGGAGUACAGUGGUGUGUGGAAUCAGACACAUUUCAGUUUCGGCUAACAUUUGACCCGAAGCCUUCAACUAGACGUGGAAUCUUAGCAACUGUGAUGUCGGUGUAUGACCCUCUAGGUCUACUAGCUCCAGUUAUUCUUCCCGGCAAAUUAAUUCUUCAAGAAUUAUGCAAAGAUGGUGCUGACUGGGAUGAUCCCCUGAAUGCUGACCUCCAAGCAAGAUGGGAAAAAUGGAAGAACGACAUUGUAAAGGUGGAGAGUCUCUCAAUCAAACGAUGUUUCAAGCCCAACAACUUUGGUGCAAUCCAGAGGGUAGAACUCCAUCAUUUCUCAGAUGCCAGCAGUGUAGGCUAUGGUCAGUGCACCUACUUGAGACUGAUAAAUCAGAAGGGUGAUGUACACUGUGCUCUAGUUAUUGGAAAGUCCAGAGUUGCUCCUGUGAAGACACCUACGAUUCCAAGACUCGAGCUAACUGCGGCUUUGCUCUCAGUCAAAGUAAGCCUGUUUCUUAAAACGGAACUGGGUCUCACAAUCGACAAAGAAGUCUUUUGGACGGACAGUAGAGUCGUACUUGGUUAGGUUAAGAAUGAGACAAGACGUUUCCAUGUAUUCGUUGCUAAUAGGGUGAAACAAAUCAGAGAUGCUUCAUCACCAUCUCAGUGGAAGUAUGUAGAAACCAAAGAUAACCCAGCUGACAAGGCAUCUAGAGGGAUCAGAGUUGACCAACGAGAGAUGACGAAAUGGCUGAUUGGCCCAGAGUUCUUGUGGAUGGAUGACGUCGAAGAUGAGAAGAAUAAGGAUGAAAGCACAAUUCUUCCAAACGAUCCUGAGGUGAAACGCUCCCAUGCUA